AUGGCAUUAGUUAACAAAGCAGUGAUCGGUCAUAGUCCCAGAGCGGCACACCAGUUAUAUUGGUCCUGUUCAUGUUUAAGGACUGGAUGGUGCCACCGCAUUGACGAAUGGUUUGAAGUAGUCCUAUAUCUGUUAGCCGACUACCUUCCAGUGAGAGAUGAGCUGACCAGCCUCCUGCCCAACCUCUACGGGAUCAGAAGAGAGUUCUUCGCCACCAGCCUCUACUCCCUCUUCCUUCAGCAGAAUACCCUGCCCAAAAACCUCUCCUAUAUUUACAGGGAAAUGAGUGAAUAUGUCCUGGUGAAGCUCAAAGCAAAAUUUUGAUAAAAUGUUUUUUGAUAUAUAUAUAUAUAUAUAUAUAUUCCAUGCCAAUAAACAAAAUAUUUUUA